AUGUCUCAAAAUAUAUUCAACAAGAAAGUGGUUUUGGACGGUGCUUUGGGUACAGCACUUGAAGACCUCAUCGACCCAAGUGCACCUUAUCUUCCAAGCAAAAGUCCAUUAUGGUCUGGACAAGUAUUAUUAGAUGCACCUGAAUUGAUUCAGAAAGUACAUGAAAUGUACAUUGGUGCUGGCUCAGAAGUGAUAUUUACCUCAACGUACCAGCUUUCUUACGAUAGUUUAAGAAAACACACAACAUUGAGCGACGAACAAAUUUUGGAAGUGUGGCAGCGGUCAAUUGAUCUUGUAAGAGCGGCAGCACUAUCAAUAGAUGAAACAGCAAGAUAUACAAAAGAAAAAGAAUCUAGAGGUGAACCUGGAAAAGUUCAUAUUGCUGGGUCCAUAGGACCAUAUGCUGCAUAUUUGGCCAACGGUUCGGAGUAUACAGGAGACUAUGGUAACGUCACCGAUGAGCAAUUAGAAGCUUUCCAUACCCCCAUGUUGGAAUUUUUCACAGAAAAUGAAGCAGUCGAUUUAAUUGCUUUUGAAACUAUUCCUAAUUUUCAAGAGUUGAAGGCUGUUACUAAAUUGGUGAAAAGACUAAACUGUAAGAAACCCGUGCUAUUUUCCAUAACAUGUCAAAACUUGGAUAAUUUAACAGAUGGAACUCCGUUACUGGAAGUCAAAAAGUACCUCGACUUUUGUCUUCCAAAAGAACAAAAAAUCUUGGGAAUUAACUGUGUAGAGUACACAUUGGUUCAAGGUAUUAUGUCGCAUUUUGCAGGUUUCAAGUUUUAUGUUUACCCCAACUUGGGUUUUGAGUACGACCUGGAAAAGCACCAGUUUGUAAUAAAGGAAGGUAGAUCGGAAGAUGACUGGAGACUAUUCGUUGAGAAUUUAGCUUCGAAAGAAGCUGUCAUCGGAAUAGGUGGUUGCUGCAACACCGGGGUGAAAGAAAUCGAACAAAUCAGCCAAGUUAUGUAUAAAGAAUAG